CUACCUCUUGACCACUUUUUACCUAUAAAAGGAUUUCACUAAAGCCACCAUCCUACUCCCCUUCCCACAUUUAACCACAGAGAAGGGAGCAUCGACCUCUCCUUCAUCAGGCCCAAGAUGCCUCUCUUUGGGAAUACGUUCAGUCCCAAGAAGACACCCCCUCGGAAGUCCGCUUCUCUCUCCAACCUGCAUAAUCUGGAUCGGUCAACCCGGGAGGUGGAGCUGGGCCUCGACUACGGAACCCCCACCAUGAACCUGGCGGGGCAAAGCCUGAAGUUUGAAAAUGGCCAGUGGAUAGCAGAGACGGGGAUUAGUGGCGGUGUGGACAGGAGGGAGGCCCAGCGCCUCCGCAGGCGGAACCAGCAGUUGGAGGAAGAGAACAAUCUCUUGCGGCUAAAGGUGGACAUCCUACUGGACAUGCUGUCCGAGACCACCGCCGAGUCCCACUUAAUGGAGAAAGAAUUGAAGGAGCUGAAGAGCGUCAGCCGCAGGAGGAAAUGAGCCCCUGAAGAUACUCGUUAGGAGAAAAGGACAUUUGUUAGGAGAAAGUCCACCGACCAGAGGAGUGGGGAUGUGGCUGAGGGUUUUUUUGUAGCCGAACUAGGGGAUUAGGUACUGGGAGAGAGGUAUAAUGGGGUGAAAGGCCCCCCUCAGGUUGGCAGCAGGAAGGUACAACAUUGCUGGCAGAAACCAGGACCCCAGGCCAGGGCGGUGAGCAGGAAUGAGCCCUGGCGUACUGCCGGUAGUCACUUCACGUACGAAUGUGCCUCCCCAGGUUCUCCUCGCCGGACUGAUGCAGCUGGCUGAAGCAGCUGGACUUCAUUGCCUCACCGCUCAUUGCUGGUAUUUGGGGUGUGGCACGAGCACUUCUAAACGGCUUGUGUUGGGGGCCUCCGAUGAGCAGCCCUCCUGGUUCUCUGCACCGUCCCUUCCCCGCCCCGGGGCUGCUUUCUCUGUCCUUUAAAGAAUACUUGUUCGUGGACUCCAUCCCCCUCUUCUGGCUUCAGCUUCUCGGUGGCGAGCCCCAGCGUUCCACGGCAACACUAUUUUUGUGCUACUUUCCUGUUUACUUUCUCAAAAUUAAAUGAUGGUAUAUAA